AUGUUUGAUCCGAUGAAGAGUUUACGCAACUUCUCUCUUUUUCGUUUACUCUCUCUCUCUCUUCCUUCCUCUCUCUCUCUUUUUCCUUCUCUCUCUCUUUUUCCUCUCUUUUCGUUCUCUCUCUCUCUUCCUUCCUCUCUCUUUUUUUUUUCUCUCUCUCUCUCUCUUCCUUCCUCUCUCUUUUUCGUUCUCUCUCUCUCUUCCUUCCUCUCUCUUUUUCGUUUUCUCUCUCUCUCUCUCUCUCUUCCUUCCUCUCCUCCACUCUCUGUCGUUUUCGCUCUCUCUCUCUUUUCCUUCCUCUCCUCCUCUCUCUUUUUCGUUUUCUCUCUCUCUCUCUUCCUUCCUCUCCUCCACUCUGUCGUUUUCGCUCUCUCUCUCUCCCUCUUCCUUCCUCUCUCUUUUUCGUUUUCUCUCUCUCUCUCUCUCUUCCUUCCUCUCUCUUUUUCGUUUUCUCUCUCUCUCUCUUCCUCUCCUCCUCUCGUUUUCUCCAUCUCUCGCUGUCGACAUCAUUAUGUCUGUUUUAUUUUGUCCCUUCUGUCCGGAAUGCCAUUCAAUUUUUCAUUUUUUUUUUCUUUAAAUUAUUUCUUUACUUUUUUUUCUAAUUUUUCGAUUUUCUCAAGUCCAUUCUUUCCCUUCCGUCCACUCUUUCUCACUCUCCGAUUCAUUGCUUUCCUAAAUUAUCUCUCAUUUCACUAUCAGGCAUUCGAGAUAGGGUUCGGUGAAAGCAAUUAUACAUUUUAUCUCUCUCUCUCUCUCUCUCUCUAUCUAUCUAUCUAUCUAUCUAUCUCACUCUCUCUCUCUCUCUCUCUCUCUCUCUCUCUAUCUAUCUAUCUAUCUAUCUCACUCCCUCUCUCUCUCUCUCUCUCUCUAUCUAUCUAUCUAUCUAUCUAUCUCCUCCCUCUCUCUUUCUUUCUCUCUCUCUCUCUCUCUCUAUCUAUCUAUCUAUCUAUCUCAUUCCCUCUCUCUCUCUCUCUCUCUAUCUAUCUAUCUAUCUAUCUCAUUCCCUCUCUCUCUCUCUCUAUCUAUCUAUCUAUCUCACUCCCUCUCUCUCUUUCUCUCUCUCUCUCUAUCUAUCUCUCUAUCUAUCUCACUCCCUCUCUCUUCCUCUCUCUCUCUCUCUCUCUCUCUAUAUAUAUAUAUAUAUAUAUAUAUAUAUAUAUAUACAAUUGA